GUUAUGAAUCAUUUUGGCUGGUAUAAAAAUGGACGGACUUGAUUGCGUUGCGGCAAACAGUUCACUGAAAUGAUGCAUCAGAAAGGUUUGCUCCGCGAGGGACGUCGCUUGAACCUGCGUUUUAUUUUGAAUAUUUUAAAUGACCGAUACAAAGUGCAACAUGAAUAGCCGAAGGUUUUCCACCAGAACCGACUUUUAGGUAAAGUUUCCUGUAUGGAGUUUCAAAAUGACUUAUACUAACUUGAUGAACGAGAGCUAUGAUGGAAUCUACUCCACCGAUGCCGUCAACGUGUCGUUCCUUGAACAACUUUUCGCGAAUAUCAGCAACACAACCUGCACCAAUAUUACGUUGGAUUCUCAGGUCAUUGGGGUCGGUGUGUUUUUGUCCGUCUUCAUAUUAGUGGCCAUCGUCGGGAACAUCUUGGUCAUCCUGUCUGUACUCUGUAACAGACACUUGCAGACCGUUACGAACUUCUUUAUAAUUAACCUGGCUAUAGCCGACUUGCUUCUCAGCAUAAUUGUGCUACCCUUUUCGGCGUCUUUGGAGGUGCUGGGAUGUUGGGUUUUUGGCAGAGUUUUCUGCAAUAUAUGGGCAGCCGUGGACGUGCUGUGCUGUACCGCCUCUAUCAUGAGCCUGUGCAUUAUCUCCAUAGACAGGUACAUUGGGGUAAAAUACUGCCUGAAGUACCCCACCAUCAUGACGGAAAAGAAAGCCGGGGUGAUUCUGGUGGUGGUCUGGGUGUCCUCUAUGAUCAUUUCGAUAGGACCGCUUUUAGGAUGGAAGGAGCCGCCGCCGUUGGACGACAGCAUUUGCAGCAUCACCGAAGAGCCGGGCUAUGCCCUGUUCUCCUCCCUGUUCUCGUUCUACCUCCCGCUCAUGGUCAUCUUAGUGAUGUAUUUUAGGGUAUACGUUGAAGCUAGAAGGACUACCAAGAGUCUGGAAGCGGGGGUUAAGCGCGAAAGAAACAAGUCUAUGGAAGUAGUGUUGCGCAUACACUGUAGAAGUGUGCUCGAGGAUGCCGCGGCGAGCGCGAAGAGCAAAAACCAUCCCUUCCGAAGUUCGCUCUCAGUGCGCUUGAUGAAAUUCUCCCGGGAGAAAAAGGCAGCUAAGACCUUGGCUAUCGUUGUGGGGAUGUUCAUCCUCUGUUGGCUGCCAUUCUUCUUCGUUUUGCCUCUAGGGUCCUUCUUCCCGGCGCUGAAGCCCUCCGAGAUGGUCUUCAAAGUGAUCUUCUGGCUGGGAUACUUCAAUAGCUGCAUCAACCCGGUUAUCUACCCCUGUUCCAGCCAGGAGUUCCAGCGGGCCUUCAUCCGCCUCCUCAAAUGCCAGUGCCACCGGAGAAAGAGGACUCUGCGGCGUUUCUACGACCAGCGCUGGCGGGCGGCGGUGAAGGGGCCGGCGAGGGAGGCGUACGGCACCUACAGGCCCGGAUUCUCCCUCCACGAAUCUCGCAGCAGCUCCUACCUCUACAAGGGAAAGGGGCGGAGCCUGGGGCUGAAGAGGUGGAGCCUGUUCCGCCCGCUGCGCAAGUCCUCGUUCCAGCUGAAGGAGAAGAUGAACAGCCUGUCCAACCGGAUCAAAAACGGGCCCGGGAAGAGCGCCACGCCCCCGCUGGCCAAAGUGGAGAUCGACACCAUCUCCAUGGGGAUCUACAACGACUGCGUGGACCACGGGGGUUAUCAGGUGUACGAUCUCCCUGACUGCUACGGCCUGAAGGAGACUGAUAUUUAA